CCGCGCCGGUGUGUGGCGCUGCGGCGGAAGAUCGGCUGUUCACGAACCUGCGCAAGGAUCCCCGAAGAACCGUAAACAAAGAGAUCCAGCAGAACAGGGUCACGGAGCCACGGCUGCCGCUGCUAAAAACAUCAGCUUGAAAGCAGGACACGUUGUUGGUCGAGCAUGCCCAGUAACACGGCUCAACUCCUGGAGUCAGACGAUACUGAACCGGACCUCCCGGUACCGGUACAGAACCUGAGCGGGCUGAGCCUCCGGGAUGAAGAGAGUCCAUCGGAACUACACGAUACUUCUCAUCUGGGUGUCCUGGGUGCGGUGUUGGACCUCCAGCCCUUGUCCCAAACUGGAACAGAGGAGCAAAACACCACCAACACUAACAAUAACAACAUCAUCAGACAUGAUGCUGAUCUGGACCAGCUGAGGGCCCGGGCCCUCGCAGCCAUGGAGGCCCCGGGGACCGGUGGGCUCUUCCAGGACGGGCCGGGCGAGUCCCAGGGUUACCAGGUUCAGGGGAGCAUGAUGAUGGCGAUGAUGAUGAUGCAGGAGGGUGAGAGGUGUGCGCUCAAUACCAGGAGGAAGAGCGUUAACACAACCGAGUGUGUGAUGGUGCCCACAUCUGAGCAUGUGGCGGAAAUAGUUGGUCGGCAGGGUUGCAAAAUCAAAGCUCUGAGAGCAAAGACCAACACUUACAUCAAAACCCCCGUGAGAGGAGAGGAACCAGUGUUUGUAGUGACCGGCCGGAAGGAGGACGUCAUCAUGGCCAAGCGUGAGAUUCUGUCCGCGGCCGAGCAUUUUUCCCUCAUCCGGGCAUCUCGGAACAAAGUGGCACCGACAAACAGCAUUCCUUGCCAUCCCGGACAGACCACCAUCCAGGUUCGGGUGCCGUAUCGAAUGGUCGGGCUCGUGGUGGGGCCAAAAGGAACGACUAUCAAGAGGAUCCAGCAGCAAACCCACACUUACAUCGUCACGCCAAGCCGCGACAAAGAACCAGUGUUUGAGGUGACCGGGAUGCCCGAGAAUGUGGAUCGAGCUCGGGAGGAGAUCGAGGCUCAUAUUGCGAUGCGCACCGCGGGAAGCGUGGACACCACUGUGGACGAUGACGAUUUCCACUACAACGGCACCGAUGUUGGUUUCGAGUCGGGCAGCAACGGAUCAUGGCUCUUCUCCGGCGGCGUUUCAAAGUUCCACAGCAACGCCGCAGGCUAUCGCAACGACAGCUCCAGCUCGCUCGGAAGCAACUCUAGCGAGUCCUACUACAGCGGGAAAGGCAGCGCAGUGGCGGAUCUCAGUCCCGGCAGCAGCGGAGGCACAUUCUGGUUCGGUGAUUCCCAGUUGCCUUUGGGAUCCGAAGAUCCUGCGGGAUACGACGGGCUAACGAUGACGGCGCCGUCUGCCAAUCCGACAUUGUGGAGCGCUCUUGAGCGGGGAGGCGCGAGUUUGCCCACUACGCCGAGGCUUUCUCCGUCCAUUCUGGCCCGUCUGUCUCCGUCUCUUCCGGAGGAUCAUCCGCUGGUUCGGUUAGUGCAGGAGAAUUCCCAGAGCCUCCCGGCCUUUGGUUCCGCGUUUUCCCCAUCUAGCGACAGCACAGGCUCCAGCUCUCCACCGGACGUGCGCACUUACCCCAAACACAGCCAGGUUCCUGCGUGCGUACGCUGCGGAGACAACGUGGCGGCGCUUGUCCUGGGCGGGCAAAACCUCGUUUGUUUGGAGUGUUCCAACUCCAUCCUCCAAAACGCAUAGAGAGAGGGGAAAAAAUGGGAUGGGGAGGAGUAAACUGGGUUAUUUUUACAUUGAAAUACUUCCUUAUUAAGUUGAAAUAACUGGGAAAUGCAGGUUUUUGAUUAAUAACCACAGUUGAGUUCAUCUCAAAGAUUUGCGUUUAGCUGCCGCGAGCAGUGCUGGGGUUUAGCAGUGCUAAAUUGCCAUCACUUGUGUUUUUUUGUUGUUUUGUUUUCAAAGUAUCGACUUGUUUGUUUACAUUUUCAUGUGCCUGAUUCCAUGACGGUGGUGGUGUGGAUUGGCGAUGUUGCUGCGAAAGCAUCUGUGGCCUUUAGUUUCUGUUUCACAACACUAGAGUCGAGCAGUACGCGAUCAUAAAGAGCCGUCCUGAACUCCACCUAAGGACCACUUUGAGCAUCUCCGUACGCAAUACAAAAUUGAAGGGCAUUGCAUGUCGUUGUGAAAGGAAUAGUUCACCCUAAAAUUAAAAUUUGCUGAAAAUGUGCUCGCCCUCAGGCCAUCUAAGAUGGAUGAGUUUGUUUCUUCAUCAGAACAGAUUUGGAGAAGUUUAACAUUACAUCACUUGCUCUCCAAUGGAGAAAGCAAUAUUAUGGAUAGCGGACCCUUAUUUUAGACUGUUUGAUGAUGGAUUUGUUUCUUACAAACAUGCAGCUCUUCACUUCACCAGAUGUUAACUGAUGGACUGAAGUGGUGUGGAUUAUUGUGAUGUUUUUAUCAGCUGUUUGGACUCUUAUUCUGACGGCACCCAUUCACUGCAGAGCAUCCAAUGCUGAGCAAGUGAUGUAAUGCUACAUUUCUCAGAAUCUGUUCUGAUUAAGAAACAAAUUCAUCUACAUCUUGGAUGGUCUGAAGGACAACAUUUUCUGAAAUGUUCAAUUUCAGGUAAAGUAUUUCUUUAAACGUGAGCAAAAUGAAUUUGCGUGAAUGAAUUGCUCAUGAAUCAGUUCGUGCAUAAAUUGUUUUGUUAAACUGUCAAAUUACAUGCAGGUAGUUUUUAGAUAAAUUUAAACAUUGCUUGUGUUUCAAACCAAUUUCACAUUCUAUUAAAUAUUUCCAUCCACAUAUUUGUAUGCAAAAUUUGGGAUAUCGUAUUUAAAAAGCUGGAUGGAAGUAGUGCUGUCAAAUGAUUAAUCACAUCCAAAAUAAAAGUUUUUGUUUACAUAAUAUAUGUAUGUGUACUCUGUGUGUGUGUGUAUAUAUAUAUACACACACACACACACAUACAGUAUAUAUUUUGAAAAUCUUUAUAUGUAUAAAUUUAUAUUCAUAUAAUUUAUAUUAUAUAAAUAUAUUUAAUAUACAAACAUAUUUUUCUGAAAUAUAUACAUGCGUGUGUGUGUGUGUGUAUAAAUACACACAGUACACACACACACACAUAUAUAUAUAUAUUAUGUAAACAAAUUUUUUUAUUUUGGAUGUGAUUAAUCGUGAUUAAUCAUUUGAAAGCACUAGAUGGAAGUGCCAAGAUGUGCACUAAAAUUUAAAAAAAUAAUGCACAUAGAAAAUGUUUGUGCUCGAUUGAGGUGUCUAGUUUUUUUGGGUUGGGAAUAGAAUGUGCACAAAUUAUGAUGGAAAAAAUUUACCAAAUAAACUCCUGGAUGUGCAAUAAAGAAAGUCAGCACACAAUUGCUUUCCUAAACAUUGGGCUUCCCCAAAAGCACCAACUUUUAUUACUCAUUUUUCCAGGAGUGAAGAAUUUAUUCUCUUGAACGCAUGGUGUUUUAUUCUCAAAAGUUUUCUGCGAUAUUCCACUGUUACACAAGAGUAAGAUUCACAACUUUUGAUGGAAACAAUAACUAGAGUGAACUGUUUCACGCACGAGGCCCUUUUUCGUAGUUUUACAGUACGUGUUUGUAAAGACUCCUCUCUUUGCCUUAAAUGAAUGGGUCCUGCCAGGACAUCGCACGGUGUCGUGCCGAGAGGAACGGGUCGUUUAGGACCUGAGAGGAGUGAUUUUGUCAAAGAUAAUGUGGUAUAAACUUCUCAAAGUGUAGGUUGACACGGCUACUUGCGCCUGUUUACUUUGCGCAAACACCACUAAACUCAGAGAAACUAAGGCAUCAGAGAUCCAUAACCUCUCAAGAUUCACCUUGAAAGUUUUUUAUUUUGUUUUAUUUUUUUUACAAUUUUGUAGUAUUUCAGUAGUUUAUAUUUCAUAUUCAAAUACAUAUAUAUAUAUAUAUAUAUAUAAGUUUUAAGAUAUAUAUUAAGACUAUCUGGCGAGCAGUCGGCUGCCGUAAGUAUUAGCUUGUAGAGUAUUGAUGUUAGGUACUAUAGAGCAGGAAAGAGCACACCUGCAUGUUUUAUUAUCUAACGAUUCCUAAACUGCAACAAAAAAGCCAAGGAUCCAAUAUAAAUAUAUAUAUACGCUGCAUUAGGUUUGCAUACUACCACGUUAUGAACAAAAUAAAAGUCCUAAGUUAAACAUGACUAGGAAUUUUAUGUUUAUCAGAGGGAUUUUUUACCAUCACACUGCAACAAUGUUUCUGUAUUUGAUAAUUUUACUGUUCUUUUAAUAUGUAUAUACAUUUAUGCAGGGACAUGAAGGCAUAUAAGUUGUAUUCUUAAAGUUUAAAAUAUAUUUUAUGAUAAAUGGCCUUACUGUCCUGUGGCCAAAGCACUGAUAUUAUAUAUUUGCUGUAAAAAAGAAUCAAGAUUUUUAUUUUUCUGAUAUUAAAAGUUCCUUAAUAAAUUGUUUCAUUUAAAACCUA